AUGUCAACAUGGCCAGAGGCUAAAGCCAGCGACCCUAGAGUUUGUCUAGCCAGCGACCCUAGAGUUUGUCUAGCUAGCGGCCCUAGAGUUUGUCUAGCCAGCGGCCCUAGAGUUUGUCUAGCCAGCGACCCUAGAGUUUGUCUAGCCAGCGACCUUUGUCUAGCCAGCGGCCCUAGAGUUUGUCUAGCCAGCGACCUUUGUCUAGCCAGCGGCCCUAGAGUUUGUCUAGCCAGCGACCUUUGUCUAGCUUGCAGCGACCCUAGAGUUUGUCUAGCCAGCGGCCCUAGCGUUUGUCUAGCCAGCGACCUUUGUCUAGCCAGCGGCCCUAGAGUUUGUCUAGCCAGCGGCCCUAGAGUUUGUCUAGCCAGCGACCUUUGUCUAGCCAGCGGCCCUAAAGUUUGUCUAGCCAGCGAUCCUAGAGUUUGUCUAGCCAGCGACCCUAGAGUUUGUCUAGCCAGCGACCCUAGAGUUUGUCUAGCCAGCGACCUUUGUCUAGCCAGCGGUCCUAGCGUUUGUCUAGCCAGCGACCUUUGUCUAGCCAGCGGCCCUAGAGUUUGUCUAGCCAGCGGCCCUAGCGUUUGUCUAGCCAGCGACCCUAGCGUUUGUCUAGCCAGCGACCCUAGCGUUUGUCUAGCCAGCGACCCUAGCGUUUGUCUAGCCAGCGGCCCUAGAGUUUGUCUAGCUAGCAGCGACCCUAGAGUUUGUCUAGCUAGCGGCCCUAGAGUUUGUCUAGCCAGCGGCCCUAGCGUUUGUCUAGCCAGCGACCCUAGCGUUUGUCUAGCCAGCGGCCCUAGAGUUUGUCUAGCCAGCGACCCUAGAGUUUGUCUAGCCAGCGGCCCUAGAGUUUGUCUAGCUAGCGACCCUAGCGUUUGUCUAGCCAGCGACCUUUGUCUAGCCAGCGACCUUUGUCUAGCUUGCAGCGACCCUAGCGUUUGUCUAGCCAGCGGCCCUAGCGUUUGUCUAGCCAGCGACCUUUGUCUAGCCAGCGGCCCUAGAGUUUGUCUAGCCAGCGGCCCUAGAGUUUGUCUAGCCAGCGACCUUUGUCUAGCCAGCGGCCCUAAAGUUUGUCUAGCCAGCGAUCCUAGAGUUUGUCUAGCCAGCGACCCUAGAGUUUGUCUAGCCAGCGACCCUAGAGUUUGUCUAGCCAGCGACCUUUGUCUAGCCAGCGGUCCUAGCGUUUGUCUAGCCAGCGACCUUUGUCUAGCCAGCGGCCCUAGAGUUUGUCUAGCCAGCGGCCCUAGCGUUUGUCUAGCCAGCGACCCUAGCGUUUGUCUAGCCAGCGACCCUAGCGUUUGUCUAGCCAGCGACCCUAGCGUUUGUCUAGCCAGCGGCCCUAGAGUUUGUCUAGCUAGCAGCGACCCUAGAGUUUGUCUAGCUAGCGGCCCUAGAGUUUGUCUAGCCAGCGGCCCUAGCGUUUGUCUAGCCAGCGACCCUAGCGUUUGUCUAGCCAGCGGCCCUAGAGUUUGUCUAGCCAGCGACCCUAGAGUUUGUCUAGCCAGCGGCCCUAGAGUUUGUCUAGCUAGCGACCCUAGCGUUUGUCUAGCCAGCGACCUUUGUCUAGCCAGCGACCUUUGUCUAGCUUGCAGCGACCCUAGCGUUUGUCUAGCCAGCGGCCCUAGAGUUUGUCUAGCCAGCGGCCCUAGAGUUUGUCUAGCCAGCGACCCUAGCGUUUGUCUAGCCAGCGACCUUUGUCUAGCCAGCGGCCCUAGAGUUUGUCUAGCCAGCGACCCUAGAGUUUGUCUAGCCAGCGACCUUUGUCUAGCCAGCGGUCCUAGCGUUUGUCUAGCCAGCGGCCCUAGAGUUUGUCUAGCCAGCGACCCUAGAGUUUGUCUAGCCAGCGACCUUUGUCUAGCCAGCGGUCCUAGAGUUUGUCUAGCCAGCGACCCUAGAGUUUGUCUAGCCAGCGACCUUUGUCUAGCCAGCGGUCCUAGAGUUUGUCUAGCCAGCGACCCUAGAGUUUGUCUAGCCAGCGACCCUAGAGUUUGUCUAGCCAGCGGCCCUAGAGUUUGUCUAGCCAGCGACCUUUGUCUAGCCAGCGACCCUAGAGUUUGUCUAGCCAGCGACCUUUGUCUAGCCAGCGACCUUUGUCUAGCCAGCGACCUUUGUCUAGCCAGCGACCCUAGAGUUUGUCUAGCCAGCGACCUUUGUCUAGCCAGCGACCCUAGAGUUUGUCUAGCCAGCGACCCUAGAGUUUGUCUAGCCAGCGGCCCUAGAGUUUGUCUAGCCAGCGACCUUUGUCUAGCCAGCGACCCUAGAGUUUGUCUAGCCAGCGACCUUUGUCUAGCCAGCGACCCUAAAGUUUGUCUAGCCAGCGACCUUUGUCUAGCCAGCGACCUUUGUCUAGCCAGCGACCUUUGUCUAGCCAGCGACCUUUGUCUAGCCAGCGACCCUAGAGUUUGUCUAGCCAGCGACCCUAGAGUUUGUCUAGCCAGCGACCUUUGUCUAGCCAGCGACCCUAGAGUUUGUCUAGCCAGCGACCUUUGUCUAGCCAGCGACCUUUGUCUAGCUUGCAGCGACCCUAGCGUUUGUCUAGCCAGCGGCCCUAGAGUUUGUCUAGCCAGCGGCCCUAGAGUUUGUCUAGCCAGCGACCCUAGCGUUUGUCUAGCCAGCGGCCCUAGAGUUUGUCUAGCCAGCGACCUUUGUCUAGCUUGCAGCGACCCUAGCGUUUGUCUAGCCAGCGGCCCUAGAGUUUGUCUAGCCAGCGACCUUUGUCUAGCCAGCGACCUUUGUCUAGCCAGCGACCCUAGCGUUUGUCUAGUCAACAACCUACACACAGACAGAGGACGAAGCAGACGUCUACACGGCAUGUAA